AUGGAUGCACUACCGCAAAGAUUCACUGCCCCGGGUAUAGGUGCAUUACCACUAAAGUGGAUGGAUACACUACCGCAAAGAUUCACUGCCCCGGGUAUAGGUGCAUUACCACUAAAGUGGAUGGAUGCACUACCGCAAAGAUUCACCGCUACUUAUUUUUUUAUAUACUAUUUGGGAAAGAAGAAUCAACAGCAAACAACGACCCCAGUUUUUACUUUAAAAAAACAAGUAAAAAGUCAGAGAAGAAACUUCGAAGAAAGAAAAGCCAAAGAAACAACUAACAAAACAUCUCAGCACAGUGUAAAUAGUACUAGCAAGAAAGAAGUGGGGAUAUACUACCACAAAGGUGAUUACUUGGAAGUCUUACAAGCGAGAAAAGUCAAAGGAAAGAAUAACGAGACAAAGUCAGCAGCAAAAAAAAAAUAA